AUGGCUGAGAAUGGCCGAGAAGCAAAUGCUCCAGACUCUGUGACCGAAGCCUCAACAAACCCCGCUGAAGGAAUCUUGGACAAUGUCGCAUUGAACAGAAUCGCCUCACCUGUCACUCGCACACCGCCCGGCAAGCCUAUGAAGCAAACAUUAUUCUUUCCUGACACGAAUAGUAAUCGCUCUCACUCACGCAACACGUCUGAUGCUGUUGACCCCGUGGCGCUUGCAAACGCUCUGAAGGACUACGAUGAGGCUGGCCGCCGACGAGAGCGCACACCGGGUACAAGCCCAAGUCGUAAAAGACAGAGAGUAUACGGGGAUCGGUUCAUCCCAAAUAGAGAGGGUCAAGAUCUUCAGGCUACCUACAGCUUAUUAGGCGAAGAUGGCUGUCCAUCAACACCGUCACGAAGCAAAAAAAGGGCUCCGCACGGGGAGCUUCAUUUUCAAAGAACCGAAGAAGCGAACCGCACAUAUUCUCGUGUUCUGCGCAGCGAGCUGUUCGGUACCUCAGUACCUCAAACCGAUCCUGACGCCGAUGGAUACCUCAAUCUCAGCACAACUGUCCAUGAUCCGACUCGAUCUCAUACCCCACCAGCUCUAGCAGCUGCAUCUCUUCCGCCCGCUUCUAUCACCCCAUCUACUCCUCACAAAAACAUCUUUAAUUACGCAUCACCUCGACCUGGCUCUGGCCACCCAACACCGUCUAAAACUCCUCGAAGUCAACAUGGACCCAACUUGAAUCCUCGAUCAGAAUUAUAUAGUCUCUCUCCCAUCCACUACAACAGCCAGCGAAUACUUGAAACCCCGAAGAAACAACAUCGUGUGGUCCAGAAGGUUCCAUUCAAGGUUUUGGAUGCUCCAGACCUGCAGGAUGAUUUCUAUCUCAACCUAGUCGACUGGGGUAGCACUAAUAUCUUGGGAGUCGGGUUGGCUAACUCUGUUUAUAUGUGGCACUCGCAAUCUGGCCGCGUUACAAAACUCUGCGAUUUAAAAGACGAUACCGUGACAAGCGUCAGCUGGAUCCAAAGAGGAACUCAUAUCGCAAUUGGAACUGGAAAAGGGCUUGUUCAGAUUUGGGACGCUGAGAGCUGUCGGCGCUUGCGAACUAUGAUUGGACAUCAAAAUCGCGUUGGUGCUCUAGCCUGGAACGAUCACAUACUCACAUCAGGAGGACGUGAUCGGUUGAUAUUCCAUCGUGACGUCCGCUCGCCGGACCAAUAUCUACGCCGAUUGGCCGGACACAAGCAAGAAGUCUGCGGGCUUAAAUGGAAUACUGAGGAUGGCCAGCUAGCAUCAGGAGGUAAUGACAACAAACUCAUUGUGUGGGAUAAGGUAAACGAAGCCCCGAUUUACCGAUUCUCUGACCACACCGCUGCCGUUAAAGCUAUUGCCUGGUCUCCUCAUCAGCGGAACCUGUUAGCCUCUGGCGGAGGUACAGCUGAUCGAACAAUCAAGUUUUGGAAUACUAGCACAGGUCAGUUGCUCAAAGAACUGGAUACUGGGAGUCAGGUCUGCAACCUCGGAUGGUCGAAGAAUUCCGAUGAGCUCAUCAGCACGCAUGGUUAUAGUCAAAACCAGAUCGUGAUAUGGAAGUAUCCUCGUAUGGAACAAAUCGUGUCACUCACAGGACACACAUUUCGAGUUCUAUAUCUUGCAAUCAGUCCAGAUGGCCAGACUAUUGUCACAGGUGCUGGCGAUGAGACAUUAAGGUUUUGGAAGAUCUUUGGCGCCCAAAAAGGUAGCGACUGGAGGAGAGGAAGCAGACUAUCGGAAUGGGGCACGAUACGAUAG